ACUCCUUUUUACCACCAAUAGCUCAAGGUCUACUGCGCUGUCGCCUAUCUUCACCUCCACCGUUAUCGUUCGUUGGCUGUUUUGGGACGUUCCAUCUGCCAUCUGGAUUGAAUAACACUUUGUAUCAGCCCUUAUUACGUAGGGGAUGCAUCCGGCGGCCACUUCACGGAUGAUGCUUCUCGUCGCCCCGGUGUCGAUGACUCCUGUCGUGGGUAGACCUACUGCGGAGAGGGAGGCUACCAAGGUGCUACCGCUCAUGCCCAGAACGUUUGGCGCCGCCAAUGACGGUGGUUUCUCCCGGCCAAGAGUCUCCUUCGUCGUCAUGCCUCUCGCCUGUGGGUGUUGUUCGGUGUAUUGGCGGCAGCAGUUCUUUGUCAACACGCCCGGCCGCCACAAUCCCAACAGAAUAGCACACGCUGAUUACGGCAAUCGCGCGCCAGGUGGCCGGGCUGGGCACAUCGCCGGCAGACAUUUCUGCUGGCACCGCUGGGAUUUAUCGAGGUCGGAGCGUUCUCUCCUAGUGGGCGGGGUAUUCCUGAUGUUUCUCUCAAGAGUGGUGUCGUUGCUACUGUCGGUAUAUCUUCGAAGCGCUCUCCCAGGACUAUCAUCUCAUUUAGGUGUCCCCGAAGAAAAGCUGAUACUCCCUACGACUAUUCCGCUCGAUUCUGUCGAGCCUCUGUUGCUUCGUGUAAUUAAGGUGCCGCAUCAAGUCCUGCAGGCGUAGCGCGUAAUCCCUAAAUUUUCCGCCGACUCGUUGAAAUGUCUGGCGCACCUGGUCGUCUAACCGCUCGAGGUAUCGGGUGGGCAAGAAGAAUUUGAGGAAUGCCCUGUCUGCGGGUGACGUUUAGGCGGACGGACUUGUUGUUAAUAAGGAAGCCAAACACUUCCUUACAGAAUAUAUAUUAAACAAAAUACAACCAUAGGAAGAUAAAUGAUAAACUAAUAUGUUGUGUCUAAUGAGCCGGCACCUCGUUGGAUAGGAAAGAUCUCUGUACCUUCUCUGAGUGAAAGAGUUUCGAACAGAUUAAAUAGUCAUGUGCAUACAAUGAUCAUAAAGGGAGUGGGGAAAUAGGACCCCUUAACCGACUCCGCGUCCUGCUGUUGUUGUGAAGUUGAAUAUGUUGAAACAUCGGAAGGUACAAACGGGUGCACGGUUAGGAUUUAGUGAUGUAUCAGCUGUAUUAAUCACACCGAAUUAACUCGUCGACUAAAGCUUUGCUCCACAUGUUUUGCCAACUUGAGCUAAUGUUCCCAGUUGUCAGUACUCUACGCUGGUAUUAGAUGCAAAUCGCUUGUUAUAUAGUGCCUGUGUUGUAGUACGCUUUCUUCCUAUGGUGUGCGGUGUCCAAGUCAUUAGCAUUGGAACCCACUUCGCCGAUUGUGCGUCCAGUAUCAUGGCGUAUUUGUGUCUCAGUGCGUCAGUAUCUGGGUUCCUGAGGCCGUCUUUGACGUUGAGAGGUGACUCUUGGAUAACAAUAUAACCGAGGUUUUUCAGCUUGCUUGCUACAUAUGUGGCAACACUUUAUGUCUGUCAAUUCGAGCUCAUGCUGUCCUGUGGCAUGCGUGCACAAUGUUGUACGUAGUUUCUGGCUGCUGGCAUCCGGCUCGACGCAUACGUUCUUGGUUGCGUCUUCCUCGGGUUGUUCGUGACUUCAAUGGCAGGGCAUUUAUUUUAACGGGCAUAUCGUUUGUAAAAUCUCUUCCUGAGAGCAGCCAGUAGACGCUGGGUAUGCGCAAGCUCAAUUAAUCUAGAAUUAACACACUUCACUCAUCGCAUUCUACUUUCCAUUUCCUUUUAUUUGAGACCCAUGUCGACGAUAUUGUAUUGAAAAAAUUAAUCCACUAAGUCGUGGGGUCCACCAUAUUUACUUUAGAAUAUACCAUAGCGCAUAUUCACUUAAAAACGCAGAAUUUGAAAUGGUUCUGUUUGAAAACGUUUGAGAGAUUGCUACGUCAUAUCAAGAAACUAUUAAAAAAAUCUUUAUCCAUACAAAUAAUGAGAAUGAAAGAACAAGCAGUCAAACUGCUGCUAAUUAACAACGUUGUUACUGUUAUUGAUAACAAAAAGACAUAAAUUCGUUAAUACUUUCCUAGUUUGACUUUUGAACAAUAUGUCGGAUCAUCUAUUUAUUUUCUUGUCUCUGACCACCAGGUUAUAUGAGUCCUCUCAUUCAUAAGUACCUUUAGGAUUAGUCCUUAAUUUUGAUAAUACACGUGCAAGUGAUAAAAUAAUGUAGAGGCUAUUUCUACCCUACACUUGUAGUACAGUGUGUAUUAAAUUUGUGCGAAAAUAUGUAAUCCCAGAAGAGCUCAAGAUAGACCCAUGCUUUAUGAUAAUGAUCGAUUCAAAAUCGUUUGCUAAAUCGAUCUAAGCAGGGCACCAUUUUGGAAAUAUUUUAAUCAAAUUUGGUACGCAGACAUCUAUUGUAAACGGUUCGGAUCGUCCACUUUUUCGACCGCUCCCCGCAUAACGCCAUAUUUUGGAAAGUCGUUAUACGGCAUAAAAUUUCAGUUCUCAAAAUUUCUCGCCGAAGAUGGCUAAGUAAUAGUACUUCGGCAUUCUAAACUAAUGUGGAAACUUUGGAUCGGUUGUAUCGCUUUUUUAAACCCUCUCUCAUAUAACGAAAACUGACAUUCAUAUGACGAAAAGGUUUAAUUUUCAAUGCUUCAUGAAGAAAAUCAGAUCAUUGAUUAAUAAUUAAAGAUAAAAAAUUAACUAUAGCAAAUUUGGACCAUUUUGUCUAUUUUUUGGUUCCUAUCCUAAUAAGGAAAUUUGAAUCUUUAAUUGAUCUAUAUUUCUUACAAAAAUAAGAAAUGUAUCAGACAAUGUAGUGUAUUGAAUGGUUGAAAAUAGGCAUUUAGCAUGUAAUGGCACUCACUUGUGAUCCAAAACAUCUUAGGUCACUGCAUUUUAUCAAAAUAUAUUGAAAAUCACAACCCGUAAGUUGAACACAAAAAUACAUCGGCUGACAUCAAAUGGACACACGUUCUUAAAUCAAAGGCAAGAGCUGUAGCGGGUUACGUACGUCAGAUUAAAUUUUAUAUGCUCUUAGCUUAACUUCGGUGGAGUAGAGUAUAAAAAUUGUUAAGGCAUAAUUAAAGAUAUGCUUUCAUAUUCUUGUUGCUAAUAAAAACAAAUAAUAAACUGCAAAAUGCAAGGCAACCGUAACAGUAGUGACCUAAGCAACUGAAAUUUUUGUUUAAUAUAAAACUCAUUUUAAAGGGUCACUCCCAAAGAUACGAUUCAACGACGUGUUUGAUUUUGCUCAUUGCAUAGAAAAUCAUGUCCAAUAAUUAUUAUAACGAAUUGUGGCAUCUAACACAACACGAAAUUGAAUUACUAUCUAUAUCCGAUUAUGAACGCCAAAAUCAAGAUGUUGAGGCAACCGUAUCAGCUUUCGCCGCCAUGAAUAUUGAUUCAGAUUUGGCUGCUGGCGAUGCUAAAGAUAUCAUGCAAGCGAGCACUUACGAAUUUUAUGUACGGUACAUUUGUUUGGCUAAUAAACUUGAAGAUGUUUACGAUAAAAUUGUACAACCCCAGAAACGACAGCUGAUACGUAGUCUGUUAGAUGCUUGUCUAGGCAGGGUUAUUGAAUUAAAGCAUGAUCUGGUUAAUAUUGAUGUUAUGGAGUUUAGUUACAACGAUCGCGUUAUCGAAAGUUUAAAACUGACACCCCACGACACUGAGCUAAGGAUACCACGCUAUUUUUUACGUGAACGACGUAAGGAUAUCGAGCAACGUAAACAGACAAUGCAUGAAAUUCAAAUAAAGUUAGGUUGGUUGGAAGAAAAUCCGACGAUAGAGAAACUUACGGAUCUGGAAGCUAUACAAUUAAUUCAAAGGCAUGAACGAGCACGACAAGGACGUUUAAGAGCCCAUUUCAUGAAAGAGAUACGUAUUUUGAAGGAGAAAAGCAAAAAUGAGGAGAAAGAUAAAAAUCGAACUGAAUCGAGUUUAAUAGCAGCCAUGAAAAUACAGAAAAUGUGGCGCGGCCACACGGCACGACGGACGACACGCCGCCGCAAAUUGGACGAAAUGAUUUUAAUUGGUAUGGUACCACCGGCCACGUCAGAGCUAAAAGAGAGACAGGAGAAAAUGGAUCAACUGGAGAAGGUUUAUGAACAUCGUUAUGUUAAGCAAGAAGCUUAUCAAGAAAAAUUAUUGGCACGAACAGAAUUGAUACGUGAAGAAAUCAAAAACAGACACGGACCCAUCAUGACUGAAGAUAUAGCCGAUGAUAUACGUGGCUGGAUAAAAGAUUGUUAUGACAAAACCGGUAAAUUACCAGAUAUUCCUUCAGAAGACCAAGGUGGCUCUUUGCACAUCUUUAGUAGGCCAGGUACGGAAAGCGAAGUAAGCCGCUCAUCGGCUCGCUCUUCAAAGGAGUCACGUAAGACUAAAGAAAAAACCAAAUCGCCGGCACGCAGUGGCGAUUUGAAUGUUAAUGAAAAUCAAGCGGAAACAGAAGGAGCUAAUCUGCAACCAGCACCUUCCAAUUGCAUACUGGAUAUCAAAACUGAAAUCGAAAGAUUCAAUGAAAUCUGGCGUGAUAAAGAUGAAUCUGGUAAUGUAGCGCAAGGGCCCUACGAAGAUAUGAUUUAUGCAGAAAAAUAUGAAGAAAUCGAACUCGAAUUUAGAAGACUGGUCGAUGAAGCAAUGAGACAAGAAUUGGAUUUGUUGCAGACGGCUGUAGGUAAAAAAUCUAAGAAAAGUAAUAAGAAAGCUAGAAGAUCCGGGAAAAAAGGUAAAAAGAAGAAAGAAAAAGAUUUAACACCCGAUCGUACUACCGAAUCUUUAUACGAAGAACUGGUUACGAACGGUAUAAUACGUCAAUAUCCAGAAAUACAUUUGAGUGAAUAUUUAGGCGAUAAAGCGACAACGGCGCGUAACGGUAUGAAUCCCUCGCCCGGUGAUAUACGUCAAAUCCUUGUGGAAUAUUGUGUCUUGCCACUUGGUUCCGAACAAAUACACAAUUCUUGCCCGUUAAUACGCUCCAUCUUAUUGACGGGACCAAAAGGUUCGGGUAAGAAGGCGUUACUGCACGCUAUUUGUACUGAAGUCGGUGCCGUAUUGUUCGAUAUAACUCCGGCCAAUAUCGUUGGCAAAUAUCCUGGAAAGUCCGGUUUAAUUAUGUUAAUACAUUUAUUAUUGAAAGUGUCGCGUUUACUGCAACCAUCCGUUAUUUACAUGGGCGAUGCUGAACGUCCAUUUAUGAAGAAAGUACCAAAAACAGAUCGUACCGAUCCGAAGCGUUUAAAAAAGGACUUACCUAAAUUAAUUAAAAACAUUGCUGCCGAAGAUCGUGUCUUAUUCGUAGGCAUUUCAAAUUUGCCAUGGGAAGCAGAUCAAAAGCUAUUGCAGCAAACUUUUAACCGUUUCAUUUAUAUACCGCGACCAGAUUAUGGAGCUUUAUCUCACGCUUGGACAACUAUGAUAAAUGAAUAUUCUGGCGGUUUAUCUAAUUUGGAUUGCAGUGUAAUGGCAAAAAUAUCGGAUGGUUAUACCAUAGGUUCAGUCAAUGCUUGCUUGAAAGAAGUCUUAAGCUGUAAACGGAGACUACAACUGCGAUCACGGCCUUUAACUCAUGCCGAACUAAUAAAUACUUUAAGUACACGAGAUCCAGUGUAUCGAGAGGAGGAAGAAGCGUUUGAGUCAUGGUGGUCUAAAACGCCGUUGGGACGCCGUUACCAACGUUUACUGGAAUUAGAGGAAGAGGCACGCUUGGAGGAGCAAUUUCAAGCAGCCAAGCAAAAUAAUGAUAAAAAGAACAAUUAAUAAUUUUGAAAAAU